AAUGAUUUACCGACAUGGCUUCGAGAUCUCUUUGAAAGAGUCUUUUCACCCGGAGGUAUUCCAAAUAAGAAAAAACUGGCAUCAGAAGAAGCAAUAGAUAGUUUACAAGAGGUUGAUUACUAUAAAAUUAGAACGGAUAGGUGUCCAAUUUGCUUUGACGACUAUGAGAAGAACCUCGAAAAGAAAAGCGAAGAAAAAGAGUCAGUACCACUAACUGCCGAAGAUACCAGAAGUGAUAAAUAUAAAAAAUCGAUUGAAUUAAAUGGCCAACUUUCCGAUAAUUUACGUUCUCAUUCAGUGAAUAAUAUCCAGUCGCUCGAAACAAGUAGCCAAUUCAAGGAUCCUUCAUUAUUUUUCCCAGCAGAUUCAUCAGGAUCAAUUCCCUUCAGAUUUCCAAGUUCAAAUUUAUCAACUUUAGAGCCACUUAGUGAAGAUCAAAUGAACUUGGUUUUUGAAGAUGAACAGAAAAAAAGUAAUCCAGCGAAGGAAAAGGAUGAAAGCUCUCAUGUUGCAGUCAAGAUGCCAAAUUGCAAACAUGUUUUUGGCAAAUCAUGUAUAAUAGAAUGGCUUAAAUCUAAUGUUAGUUGUCCAUUAUGUAGGAAAGAAGUUGAAGCUAAUGAAGAAAGUCCUCAAGCCAGAAGAGAAAGAAGAAUAAGACAAGAAGUUCAAUCAAACUUCAAUCCCUCGCCACCCAAUGAUGUUGCCGAUCAUUUAAUACAUCAUCUGACUGACGUAUUUAGACCAUUCAGAAGAACACCAAAUCCUUUGAUCACUCCUUUAACCGAUUCCUAUAUGCCACAGGAUUGGUCAACACCCACCUAUCCAAUUAAUAGAGUAAGAAGCGAAACUGGAGAUCCUAACUUGAUAUUACCGAGGAAAAUACCCAUCGGAGAUCUCAAUCCUUCACUUGCAUCAGCUAGAAGACCCCGAGCUCAUGUUAUCAGCAUCUCAAGACCUCGAACCAGAACCGAAAUAAACGGGGCCAAUAGUUCAAGCAGU